GGAAGGCAUGGUGGUGGAAAUGCUCAGUCUAUGAAGAGAAGUGCAUUGACGACCAUGUUUGUCCAGGUGUUCUUAACGAGGCAUAACUUUGAAUAGAGUGCAUCCAAAUUGAACUGAGAAAACACAAUAAGAAAGUUAGUGCCCACUGCUGUUGUUGUCAUUGUUGUUGCUGAUCUGGGGUGCUCAAGAUGGAGAGUGGCAAUUCCAUUGGCGUAGGAGGUGGUGGACUGGAUUCCGGCUUGGCGUCCCUAUCCAUUGUCAUUGAUAAUGACCUCGAUAAGGAGUGCUCCGCCCUGGGAGGACUCUUCCAACAGAUCAUCAAUGAGAUGAAGGUUGGCAUUCCCAACUUCGAGGAUUUUGUGACUAAAGCCAGCAAGCUCCACACCACGCUCAAGACCACAAUUGUCGUCUUGGGAUCCUUUUUGGACUCGUUUCAGAAAAUUGCCGACACGGCCACCAACACCAAAGGUUCAACGAGAGACAUUGGUACAUGCUUGACGAGAAUUGUAAUCCGACACCGAGCUCUGGAAUCCAGAAUGAAGAGCCUUAAUGGGUAAGUUGGAUCAAAGGUUUGAAGUGGAGAAGCCUCCAUUUCUUCAACAAUGGUUGCUGGCCUUGAAACUUC